AUGAGCGAACUGAGUAAGCUGGAGCAUAGAGACAGCUUCGAUAUCCCUGAGACUGAAUUGUACCCGUACUAUGACCCUACACCUCGACAGAAGGGCUCUUACCGGCUAGAAGACUUUAUAAUACAACGAACUCUCGGGACAGGCAGUUUCGGACGAGUGCACCUUGUGCGAAGCAAACAUAAUCUUCGCUUCUACGCCAUCAAAGUCCUGAACAAGGCACGAAUAGUCAAGCUAAAGCAAGUUGAACACACGAAUAAUGAGCAUGGUAUUCUCGAAUUGGUCCAACACCCCUUCAUCGUCAAUAUCUGGGGCGCUUUCCAGGAUUGUGCCAACUUGUACAUGGUCAUGGACUUUGUUCCCGGCGGCGAGCUCUUCACGUUGUUACGGCGAUCAAAUCGAUUUCCCGACCCUGUCGCCAAGUUUUAUGCGGCUGAAGUCGCACUUGCCUUGAACUAUCUUCAUACGCACGGCAUCAUCUAUCGCGACCUCAAACCCGAGAAUAUCCUUUUAAACCACGAUGGUCAUAUCAAAAUUACCGAUUUCGGGUUUGCUAAAUCAUGUAGACACACUUAUACAUUAUGCGGCACCCCAGAUUACAUAGCCCCCGAGAUUCUACUCCAAGGUCGUUACGGCAAAGGUGUCGACUGGUAUGCCCUUGGUGUACUCAUCUUCGAGAUGCUUUACGGUCUUCCUCCGUAUCAUCAACCCGACAACAACACUAUUCUUUUGUAUGAAAGGAUUAGCCGUGGUCCCCUUCACAUUCAGUGGCCUGCCGGCUUCGGCGAGCGUGCCAAGGACCUCAUCAUUCACCUGAUGGACGUUGAGCCGACCAAGCGAUACGGAAAUUUGCACCGUGGUGCCCAGGACAUUUUCGCGCACAGCUGGUUUGCCGAAGUCGAUUGGGAUAAAAUGACAAAGAGGGAGUUCACUGCACCUUAUAUGCCCCAAAUCACUGGUGAAGGUGAUGCUAGCGCUUUUGAAUGCUACCCUGAAGAUAACGCGUCGUUGACCUAUGGACAAGCUGCCCUUGACCCUUUUGGAUAUGCUUUUCCUGGCUUUGAAUAUAGAGCACCUUCUGCUUAUUAG